AUGCAGACUGUCUUCUCAACCGUUAUGUCAUUUGAACAGCUAUCUCUCCCUCUUUCCUCCAUGUCUCCCCCCCUCCUUAUUUUCUCUGCACAGACCAACAUCCCCUUCCUCCAGAAUGUUCUGACUAACGAUCAGUUCCUGUAUGGCACCGUUGACACCCAGUUCAUAGAUGAGAACCAGGAGCUCUUCAACCUCAAGCCGGUCCAGAACCGAGCCCAGAAGCUGCUGCACUACCUGGGUAAAAUUGUCUUCAACUCUGCUUGUACUCCAUUUAAAACCAUUGUUUGUUUCAGAAUUCUAUGUUUUUUUGUGUGUGUGUGUAUAGGUUAUUAUAUUUGAAAUGUAGACAUCACUUACUCAGUAAUCUGAAGUGCAGCUAAUGAUAUCCUUGAUUCAUUAAACAAUUAAAGCUCCCCUCCCUAGAUCAAGAGGUGAGAUAGUUAGUUGAAUUCAUGCCUGGCUGGAACUAAAGCCUGUUGACGGCACAACUGUUUCUUCAAGCAUCGCCUACCCAUGGAGUGUAUUGUAUUGUAUUGUACAUCAUUUCCUUGACUCUAUUGAACUCUCUGACGUCAUCCGUUUGCUAUGAGUCAUUAUUUUACUUGAAGAUAUGCUAUCUGGAGUGUAGUAUGCUUUUCUCACAUAUAAUGAUAUUGGUAGGUUUGAAAUGCCUACGAUGGCCAACUCUGGUUUUCUGAUCCACUCCUGCUAUCUGGUUUCAGGUCAUGUGAUGGUAAACGGCCCCACCACUCCCAUCCCAGUGAAGGCCAAGCCCUCCUCUAUCGAUCCUGUGAUCCCACCCAUUCCUCUGGGUAAGACUCCAACCUACACAACAUCCUACCAGCUUCCUGUAAAACAUCCGUUUUCUUCUUGUAGCAGUCAAUUUAGUCUUGAUUUAGUAAGUACAACAUAGUGAAAGCUGCAUGCAUUGAUGUGGAUUAGGUGAGCCUCCGGUUGGGUUCCGUGACGUCCUGUUGAAGGAGGGUCCAGAGGGCUUUGCCAAGGCGGUGCGUGCCCACAAGGGUCUGCUGCUCAUGGACACCACCUUCAGAGAUGCCCACCAGUCUCUCCUGGCCACCCGCGUCCGCACCCACGACCUCAAACAGAUCGCUCCCUUCGUGGCCCAUAACUUCAGCAAUCUCUUUAGCGUGGAGAACUGGGGAGGUGAGGAAAUCUCUUGUAGCCAGUACUCACUUUAUUCUCAUUCUCAUUUAGUUCUACAAUCACCCUUCUCUCGAUCUUCAUCUGCGCUUUGUGCUUUACUCUGGGCCGAAUCUGCCGCCUGCCUAUGUUUCAGUGGCAUCAUUAUAGACGUUAUGUUUUCAAAGGUCACAGUUUCAGUUGAAAGGUCAAAUAGAAUCAACUGCUAGGGUAAAGGAAAAUAUGACACCGCCCCAGGGCCAGGUUCACAUCAUUGAGCAGCACAAGUGAGUCGACUGUACUGUAUCUGGGUUAUUCAGGAGUGGGCUCUCCUCUCUUCAAGUCUGAAGAAAAGGGGGGCUCACUUUUGAAGUUGAUAUGGGCAGACUGGCGGUACAUUUCUAAGUAAAGACUGAAGAAACGCUCUGUCUCUCUUCAUCUCUAGCAAAGUGACAUAUGAAAUCCAUGUUUUAUUUGGAUAGCACUUUUUACAAACUAAGCCGCAGAAGAUAGUCUUAGCACCCUUAGAAGCAAAUCUACUGUGACGGUGUCCAAAAACAUGUUGAUGUUGAGGGAGCUGGACAUCAGACUACGGAGGAAGUCUGUCCGUCUCUGGAGGACUAGGAGAGAUUUAGUCUAUUCAGGGAAUCUGUCCAUUUACUCUCUAGGUUUAUGGACUUUAUCGUUAAUGGAGUCUGUUGCUAUGGCAGUUAUUGAUCGUUCCUCUUCUGAGUAGGUGCCACCUUUGAUGUGGCGAUGCGUUUCCUGUGUGAGUGUCCAUGGAAACGACUGCAGGAGUUGAGAGCUCUGCUGCCCAACGUGCCCUUCCAGAUGCUACUGAGAGGAGCCAACGCUGUGGGCUACACCAACUACCCCGACAACGCUGUGUUCAAGUCAGUACCUCUUCCCUGGAUCAGACACCCCUAUUCCAACCAGAACACAUAUAGUCUCAACCCCAGCCCUCACAGUUUGAGGGUCAUCGUCUGCAUAGUAUUUCUUGAAAGUAUCACCCUUAAACCCAAGGGCUCUUCACUUGAAGCAUGUACUCAUCCAUCUUUCAAUGGUUCUGACCAGGUUCUGUGAGGUGGCUAAGGAGAACGGCAUGGACAUCUUCCGUGUUUUUGACUCUCUGAACUACCUGCCUAACCUGAUGUUGGGUAUGGAGGCUGCUGGGGCUGCAGGGGGCGUGGUGGAGGCCUCCAUCUCCUACACAGGAGACGUGUCUGACCCCAUGAGGCAGAAGUACUCUCUGGAGUACUACCUGAAACUGGCUGAUGAGCUGGUCAGAGCUGGAACACACAUACUGAACAUCAAGGUAGAGUGGCACUGAACCUGCUCUGUCAUCAAACCCAGUCAUGUGGUUUAUCUCAACCAAUGACAUGUUUUAUUUAUAUUCCGCUAUUAACAGAAACUUGAAGUCAGCAAGUCAGACAUAAAUAGCUAAAAUGAAAGGACUCUAAGUGUGUCAUGUUGUUGACUCCUCUCUCUUCCUGUAGGACAUGGCGGGGCUGCUGAAGCCUGAGUCUAGCCGGAUGCUGAUUGGUGCUCUGAGGGACCGUUUCCCUGACAUGCCCAUCCACAUCCACACCCAUGAUACGGCAGGCGCCGGCGUGGCCUCCAUGCUGGCGUGUGCCGAGGCCGGGGCCGACAUCGUAGACGUUGCUGUGGACUCCAUGGCUGGGAUGACAUCACAGCCCAGCAUGGGAGCCAUUGUCGCCUGCACCAAGGGAACCAAAUUCAACACAGGUGAGCUGCCAGCUAAUAGAAAUAUAGUGAGCUGAACAAUCAAAAACACAUAUAGAGCUGCCAACCAAUCAAGAGCACAUAUAGAGCUGCUGGCCAAGCUCUUCUAUGGCAAACCAGUUGUACACACACACACACACACACACACACACACACACACACACAGUGGGGAAGCAGUGAACCACUGAUAGCUUUUUCAUUAAUAUGUUGGUAUGUCGGAGCAUUUAACAAGGUAAAAGACUGAGACCUUAAGCCCCAUGAAACCAUGCUAUAUUCAACAAUGGCAAGGAAAACCAACUGUAAGAGCGCCAAUAUUAUGCUUCUGACUUGAGCUUUAUAUGGCUGUAGAAAUUGUUUGCCGCCUCGAUCUGAAUAUGACAUCCUCAACUGCUUUUAAAGAUUACAUUUCUGUUUGUGACCAAGGUUACUCUGCCUAGAUGGCUCUGAAUAACACUUUAACAUUUGUUUGUUGAACCAGUGGUGUAAAGUACUAGUAUUUUACACCACCGUAGAAAUAAAAUGGUGCCGUCUGGUUUGCUUAAGAUAAGGAAUCUGAAAUGAUUUAUACUUUUAGUUUAACUUUUGAUACUUAAGCAUAUUUAAGUAAUUACAUUUACUUUUGAUACUUAAGUAUGUUUAAAACCAAAUACUUUUAGACUUUUACUCAAGUAGGAUUUUACUGGGUGACUUUCACUUGUACUUGAGUCAUUUUCUAAUGAGUACUUUCUCAUUUCUAAGGUAUCUUUUACAUUUACUCAAGUAUGACAAUUGUGUACUUUUUCCACCACAAUGUAGAACCGACUGCAACAUCCUAGUGAAAAUAGAAUUCUGCUGAUGCUUAGUGCAUCUUCACUCUGCUUAACCCCUUCACCUCAGCAGUUGCGGAAAAAACAAAGACAACCUUAAUGGAUAUAACCUAGAGAAUAUGGUACACAUGGGAGACGAUGCAGUACAUGUGCAGACGGUAAUGUAAGAAGGGGAAAAUGAAGUAUGUUUGUUGUGGAGAGAGAGAGGGCAACAGGGAGCGCGAACUAGAGGAAAAGGCAGGAAGAAAAGGCACAAGGAAGGUCGCUGCGCAUGGCCAUCAUUUCACAGCUCACAGACAACCCCGCGACCUUCAGUUAAUUGAGACAUUACUGCAGCAGACGAGUCUUAACCCACUGUAAUGACCUGGCCUGCAAGGCUCCGUAAAGCUGUCUCUGCGUGGGAACAGGAAUGUGGUCAGAACCAAGUUUUCCUGGCUGCAGCUAGCCGUGUUGCUAGGGGAACGGCUGUGAGGCCAGAUCUUUGCCCCUGUGUGGAGUUGUUAUUUAGGAGGGAACCAUUCAACAGCAGGCUAGUGUUAUCACCCUGCCACCACUCAUGACUCUGACGGUUACAGUGUGCUUUGAUUCAUGAAAGAUGGAGGACAAGGUUGAAGGGCUGUUCUUUCAUUCAUAUUGGUUAGAUGAACAAAGAGUAGAAGAUGUAAUAAGAAACCCUCUGGAAUAUUCUCACAAUUGAUGAGCAUCUUAAUCCCUCCUACAACAGCCAUAAAAUGGCUUAAUAACUCUAUUUUGUACACAAUGAAUCAGGCUUUGAUUAGCUGCUUGUAAACCCUUAAUUAGAGCCUUAUCGUAGGCCACCUGAAACAUAGUGGCAGCAAAUGAAAUAAUGGAGUUGCUGUUUGUUUAGAAUUGAACAACACUUGAGAAUAUGAGACUCCAUCAAUAAUUAAUUAGUCAUGAGGAGAAUGGAGGUAGCAGCUGCUCUGAAAUGACUUGACCAUGUACUGGCAUACUAUUGGGGAAUAUUACGCUACCUGAGCACAAGUGAGCACUUAACAGCCAGUUCAUUGUUUCUCAUUCUGAUCCCGUUAUCUAGUUUUUAUUAAAGGAAAUGUCCUCUUUAGAAAAUGAAAUGUGGCAGGACUCUGCGAGAUUAUUCUAAAGACAAUCCAUGGUGUGAAAUUGAGUAGUUUUCAAAAUGAUUAUAACCCAGAAAUUGUUUUGUUGGAUGCGAGUCGAUGAAAGCGUAGACGGCCUAGAGGUGCAAUUUAGCAUCUUUCUUUAGCUUAUUCCAAUUUUCCAUUUCAAAACACGUGCCUCUAUGGUCUCCAAAUUCUCUCAUUACGAUAAUUACUGUUCAAGGACACCAAAGCACAACUAGAUUUCCUGUUAGAGUGUGUAUAUGAUUGUGCUCUCGUUGAGCAGUUUUAAACCCAUCAGAAUGCUCAAAUUCUGAGAAAAAUACAUGUUAUUUUCUUUGUUGAUUUGGUUUAUUUACGUGACGUCUACCAAUCUCUCUCUCUCUCCUGCUCCUUCUCACGGAGUAGAAGGCUGCCUGGGUAAUUGAAAUGUCAAGCAAAUUAGUCUUAUUCCCUUCUCCCUUUGAAAUGUUGCGCCAUAGUGCAGUAUGUGCAGUACAGUUUCUAUCCAUUUAUUGUAAAAUAACUUCCAGAUUCAUUCCAAAUACUACUUUGGGUAUUCAGGAUGAUAAAACUGCUCUAAUUUGUAGUUCUUCCCACUAGUACUCUCUCUUACUUGUCUAAGCGCUCUCUGGUCUGCUACGAAAGGUCGCUGGUUCGAAUACCCGAGCCGACGAGGUGAAAAAUCUGUCGGUGCCCUUGAGCAAGGCACUUAACCCUCAUUUUUUACUGCCUUGGUCCCAUUUGUUCAUAUUUAUUGGAUUGACUUGUUUCUUAAUCCUAACUAUUGGUAAUUGUUUACAGAAAAUCCUCAAGUGCCUCAUUUAGUCUUGCUCUUUUUCACCAUGAUCCCCUCUUCUCAUCCACAUUCUCUUGCUCUUAAAUUACUUCUGAGCUCUUAACUUCUUUAAUCUUUCUAUCAUCCAUCUUUCAUCUGCAUUGGGAGCUCCCCUCUGGCAAAGGUCCCUUGUUCUCUCCCUUGAUGCGUGUAGAUCAUCUUUAAGUCAGCUCUAGUCCGGAGGGACAGGAAAUGUGGUCAAUGUCAAGCUCUCGCUCAUUCCCUCACAUUCUUUCUUUUCAAUUGCCUCCUCUCAUGCUGAUGGAUAUGUGCCAACAGAUGUGUAUGGAUGAGGGAGUGGGAAGCUUCAGAUUGAUAUCAAAGCUUAAAAUACGGUGGUCUCUGAGAUGUAUAGGUUGGGGAGAAUUUGUGGCCUGUGUGUGUUUGUUGCCAGGUGAAGCAUGGAGCUAAUUGUAAUUACAGCAACAUGAUAGGACAUCAGGUUUAAAUGAGUGUUCAAUGUAUUGGCAGCAGAGGUGUGCAUUGACUGACUGACUGAGUGUUCCUGCUUUGGAAGCCAGUGAACGCCUAAGUCGCGAGUACCACACUGAUACACUUUAAAGUAUUCUCUGGCAUGCCUCCCACACAGUAGAUGAACACAACACGUUUAACAUGGUUAAUAUUAAAUUGUAUUUAUGCCUAUAGAUCUAUCCCUGAUACCUCUGGGGCAUUAUUCUCUCUCCUGCCCUCUCUUUGACAGGCAUAUCCCUGGAGAAUGUCUAUGACUACAGUGAGUACUGGGAGGUUGCUCGCGGGCUCUAUGCACCGUUUGACUGUACAGCCACUAUGAAGUCUGGCAAUGCUGACGUGUAUGAGAACGAGAUCCCUGGGGGCCAGUACACCAACCUGCACUUCCAGGCUCACAGCAUGGGCCUGGGACACAAGUUCAAGGAGGUGAAGAAGUCCUACACAGAGGCCAACAAGCUGCUGGGUGACAUCAUCAAGGUGAGACGACCGGACACCUGGCGUCCUUAACACUGGCCUCAUUUUCAGCAAUUCAAAUUAAGUGAUAAAACUCACAUUCCUGAUUCACAAAUUGUCUUUGCAGAUUUAUAAUUAUCGCUCUGAAGGCGGAUUUACAAAAGUAUUCUUCUGAUUUGAAGAGAACUUCAGAAUGAAUUGCCCACUCAGUUUGUUAACUCACCUUCCUCCUUUCACUCUCUCUCAACUACGUAUGUGUGGGAGGGAGGCUCUUCUGUCUCAAAGAUAAAAUAAAAACAAAAUGGGAAUACGUUGGCAGAAAGUGCAGCCAUUAAUCUCGCUGCAGCCUAAAGUCAGAUCAACCAAGGAGCUUUGAGCAAAGCUUAUCUGUUCUGUUCUCCAUGCUUCUGUCUGAUCUCUCCAAUCAAUGGCAUCUUCUAGCGUUUGGUUUUGCCUUGCUGGUUUUCAUUUCCUAGGGCUUAAUUAAAUGAUCAGAGAUAGUUGACUUUCUGUUCUUCUCCUCGCUGUCGCAUAUUGUCCAUAUCACAGGCACAGUGAAUCAGUGUCUGUUCAAUAGUGGACACGCUCACUUCACUUUCAUUAUUCAUUCUACCCCCUUCCGUUGUCUUGUCUUCUCACUGUUCCUACAGUCAGUUGGCUGCAAAAAAAUGUUUUUGCUAAAAAAAGGUCCCCUCUCUGUCUCCCUUCUUGACUCCACCACACUUCUGUUCACUUCCAAUUUGCACGCCAGAUUGAAUUUCCAAUGGUGAAACACAAUAGUCUAUGACAGAUGGGCUGUAGCACCAGUAAUGUUGAGGAUAAAAUCUUUCAUCUCUCUCCACCUCUACUCUUCCCACUCUGUGCCUGCCUGCCUGCAGGUGACCCCCUCCUCUAAGAUCGUGGGUGACCUGGCCCAGUUCAUGGUGCAGAACUCUCUGACGAGGGCGGAGGUGGAGGAGAGGGCUGACGAGCUCUCCUUCCCCCUCUCUGUGGUGGAGUUCCUGCAGGGUCAUAUUGGCAUUCCACACGGAGGCUUCCCUGAGCCCUUCAGGUCCAAGGUAAAACACACUCCACACACUUCACAAAUUCCCAAUAGGUCUAACUUCCUUUAGGCCCAAGUUCUUUUCAGCGCCCAACAAAAUUGUUUUUAACACGUUGCUGGAAUGAUUCUUUCAAUUAAACAGUGCAUCCCAAAUCUGCAUCUCUCAUUGGGCAGCUGCGGCUCUUUGACUUAUCAAUAGCUUGCCCUUGGGAAUGGGUAGAAUGGGUACGGUCUGAGUAUGGAGAACAUGUAUUCUACACUGAACAAAAAUGUAAAUGCAACAUGUAAAGUGUUGGUCCCUUGUUUCAUGAGCCGAAAUAAAAGAGCCCAGACAUUUUUCAUAUGCACAAAAAAGCUUAUUUCUCUCAAAUGUUGAUCACAAAUUUGUUUACAUCCCUGUUAGUGAGAAUUUCUCCUUUGCCAAGAUAAUCCAUCCACCUUACAGGUGUGGCAUAUCAAGAAGCUAAUUAAACUGCAUGAUCAUUACACAGGUGCACCUUGUGCCGGGGACAAUAAAAGGCCACUGUAAAAUGUGCAGUUUUGUCACAACACAAUGCCACAGAUGUCUCAAGUUUUGAGGUAGCGUGCAAUUGCCAUGCUUACUGCAGGAAUGUCCACCAGAGCUGUUGCCAGAGAAUUGAAUGUUAAUUUCUCCACCAUAAGCCGCCUCCAAUGUCAUUUUAGAGGCCGGUUGGCAGUACGUCCAACCGUCCUCACAACUGCAGACCACGUGUAACCACACCAGCCCAGGACCUCCACAUCUGGCUUCUUCACCUGCAGGAUCGUCUGAGAUCAGCCACCGAGACAGCUGAUGAAACUGUGGGUUUGAACAACCGAAGAAUUUCUUCACAAACUGUCAGAAACAGUCUCAGGGAAGCUCAUCUGUGUGCUCGUCGCACCAGGACUGCAGUUCGCCAUCAUAAAUGACUUCAGUGGGCAAAUGCUCACCUUCGAUGGCUACUGGCACGCUGGAGAAGUGUGCUCUUCACGGAUGAAUGAUGGUUUCAACUGUACCGGGCAGACGGUUUGCUGAUGUCAACAUUGUGAACAGAGUGCCCUGUGGUGGUGGGGGUUAUGGUAUGGGCAGGCAUAAGCUACAGACAAUGAACACAAUUGCAUAUUAUCGAUGGCAAUUUAAAUGCACAGAGAGGAUCUCAUCAUAGUAUGAGGCCCAUUGUCGUGCCAUUUAAUCCGCCGCCAUGUUUCAGCAUGAUAAUGCACGGCCCCAUGUGCAAGGAUCUGUACACAAUUCCUGGAAGCUGAACAUUUCCCAGGUCUUCCAUGGCCUGCGUUUCUCACCAGACGUCACCCAUUGAGCAUGUUUGGGAUGCUCUGGAUCGACGUGCACGACAGCGUGUUCCAGUUCCCGCCAAUAUCCAGCAACUUCACACAGCCAUUUAAAGAGGAGUGGGACAACAUUCCACAGGCCACAAUCAACAGCCUGAUCAAGUCUAUCUCAAGGAGAUGCAUGAGGCAAAUGGUGGUCACACCAGAUACUGACUGGUUUUCUGAUCCAUGCCCCUACAUUUUAUUUAUUUAAGGUGUCUGUGACCAACAGAUGCAUAUCUGUAUUCCCAGUCAUGUGAAAUCCAUAGAUUAGGGCCUAAUGAAUUUAUUUGAAUUGACUGAUUUCCUUAUGAACUGUAACUCAAUAAAAUCGUUGAUUGUUGCGUUUAUAUUUUUGUUCAGGGUAUAUCUGCCUUUUCACAGCCAACCAUAAUGGCAGGAUUUGUAUUCCCACAGACAGUAUUAAAGCAUUAUUAGGUUUGGUACUCUAUGGAUUUAACAUUGAGAGUAUAUUAUUAUGUUCCACUGACAUUACAUUAGGUAUUUUUAUAGAGCUCAGAAAAGGCUGUUUUUAUAACCCACUACAGGAUCCCCUUAAGUCAUAGAAAUACUUUGUUUGAAAAGUUUGCCUGUUUUUCUCCCUUUAGUAUCCUUGGAGAUCUCACACCAUUUUAUCUGUUUCAAAUUUGAAGAAAUAUGAUUUAUUUCCCCUUCUCUAAGAAUCUCCACAAUUACCCAGAAACAUUUCUCCGGAAGCUCAGUUGUUUUCUAGGACCACAUAUGUUCCUCACAUCACCAGUGUACAAUGCAGUUCCUCUUGCUUUUACUUUCCAUCGGACGCAUGGUGGCACUUGUGUAAUUUAUUUUCCAGAUCAUUUCAAACAUAAAAAGGCCCAUCUGCUUAGCAUACAUCAUGUAUAACAAAGGAAUGGAACAGCCAUUAUGGAGCAGCUAUUUCUAAUUUCUGACGGAUGCCUAGCAUUAUCUCUGUUCAUUAUUACACUCAUGUUUGCUUGUAAUGUUCAAACACUGCUUGUAGCCUGUGGUAUAGUUAAGGGCCUGCUUUGAUGUGAAAAAGCAGGCCCUUAUUAUAAUAACUCUGACGUCCUGUCAUUCUAGCUCCCUUUGGCCUGUUAGUGGCUGACUUCUAACUUCUGCCCCCAGGUGCUGAAGAAUAUGCCACGUGUGGAGGGCCGCCCUGGUGCCUCUCUGCCCGCUAUGGACUUCCAGGCCCUAGAGAAACAGCUGCGAGAGACGCACGGAGAUGACAUCUCUCCUGAGGAUGUGAUGUCAGCAGCCAUGUACCCCAAGGUGUUCCAGGAGUUCAAGGAGUUCACCCAUCAGUUUGGCCCCGUGGACUGCCUCAACACACGCCUGUUCCUCGAUGGACCCAAGAUCGCUGAGGAGUUCGAGGUCAGUCUCACCGUUUGUGUUCAGUCAUAUUCUUCAAGUGGAUGAGGAGUGUGAUUCAUUUUAAAUGAACUUACUGAUUGCAAUAUAUUUGCCUAUGUUCUGUUUUCCUCUGGUCACACUUUCUGUGUGUCCCUGUGUCUGUCAGGUGGAGUUGGAGCGAGGGAAGACCCUCCACAUCAAAGCCCUGGCCCUGGGAGAUCUCAACAAGGCUGGCCAGAGGGAGGUGUUCUUUGAGCUGAAUGGAGCGCUCAGAUCUGUCCUGGUCAAGGAUACUGUGGCCAUGAAGGUAGAGUACAUGCAUUCACAUUAGCACUUAACACAAAGUUGCGUUCAAUGCUUAAAACACAUAAGUUCAAGCUAUUCCAGUAACAAUAGUUGCAUAUCGUAUCCACACCAAUACAUAUCUCAAUAGAUACAGUGGGGGAAAAAGUAUUUAGUCAGCCACCAAUUGUGCAAGUUCUCCCACUUAAAAAGAUGAGAGGCCUGUAAUUUUCAUCAUAGGUACACGUCAACUAUGACAAACAAAUUGAGAAAAAAAAUCCAGAAAAUCACAUUGUAGGAUUUUUUAUGAAUUUAUUUGAAAAUUAUGGUGGAAAAUAAGUAUUUGGUCACCUACAAACAAGCAAGAUUUCUGGAUCUCACAGACCUGUAACUUCUUCUUUAAGAGGCUCCUCUGUCCUCCACUCGUUACCUGUAUUAAUGGCACCUGUUUGAACUUGUUAUCAGUAUAAAAGACACCUGUCCACAACCUCAAACAGUCACACUCCAAACUCCACUAUGGCCAAGACGAAAGAGCUGUCAAAGGACACCAGAAACAAAAUUGUAGACCUGCACCAGGCUGGGAAGACUGAAUCUGCAAUAGGUAAGCAGCUUGGUUUGAAGAAAUCAACUGUGGGAGCAAUUAUUAGGAAAUGGAAGACAUACAAGACCACUGAUAAUCUUCCUCGAUCUGGGGCUCCACGCAAGAUCUCACCCCGUGGGGUCAAAAUGAUCACAAGAACGGUGAGCAAAAAUCCCAGAACCACACGGGGGGACCUAGUGAAUGACCUGCAGAGAGCUGGGACCAAAGUAACAAAGCCUACCAUCAGUAACACACUACGCCGCCAGGGACUCAAAUCCUGCAGUGCCAGACGUGUCCCCCUGCUUAAGCCAGUACAUGUCCAGGCCCGUCUGAAGUUUGCUAGAGUGCAUUUGGAUGAUCCAGAAGAGUAUUGGGAGAAUGUCAUAUGGUCAGAUGAAACCAAAAUAUAACUUUUUGGUAAAAACUCAACUCGUCGUGUUUGGAGGACAAAGAAUGCUGAGUUGCAUCCAAAGAACACCAUACCUACUGUGAAGCAUGGGGGUGGAAACAUCAUGCUUUGGGGCUGUUUUUCUGCAAAGUGACCAGGACGACUGAUCCGUGUAAAGGAAAGAAUGAAUGGGGCCAUGUAUCGUGAGAUUUUGAGUGAAAACCUCCUUCCAUCAGCAAGGGCAUUGAAGAUGAAACGUGGCUGGGUCUUUCAGCAUGACAAUGAUCCCAAACACACCGCCCGGGCAACGAAGGAGUGGCUUCGUAAGAAGCAUUUCAAGGUCCUGGAGUGGCCUAGCCAGUCUCCAGAUCUCAACCCCAUAGAAAAUCUUUGGAGGGAAUUGAAAGUCCGUGUUGCCCAGCGACAACCCCAAAACAUCACUGCUCUAAAGGAGAUCUGCAUGGAGGAAUGGGCCAAAAUACCAGCAACAGUGUGUGAAAACCUUGUGAAGACUUACAGAAAACGUUUGACCUGUGUCAUUGCCAACAAAGGGUAUAUAACAAAGUAUUGAGAAACUUUUGUUAUUGACCAAAUACUUAUUUUCCACCAUAAUUUGCAAAUACAUUCAUUAAAAAAUCCUACAAUGUGAUUUUCUGGAGAAAAAAUUUUUUUCCUCAUUUUGUCUGUCAUAGUUGACGUGUACCUAUGAUUAAAAUUACAGGCCUCUCUCAUCUUUUUAAGUGGGAGAACUUGCACAAUUGGUGGCUGACUAAAUACUUUUUUCCCCCACUGUACAUGGGUGUUGCUGCAAGCUCACCAAGUGUACUCUCUCUAACCCGUCCUCUCUCUACCCCCUGUAACCCCCCCCCCUCCCCCUCCAGGAGAUGCACUUCCACCCCAAGGCGCUGAAGGACGUGCGUGGCCAGGUGGGGGCACCCAUGCCUGGGAAGGUGGUGGAGAUGAAGGUGAAGCAGGGCCAGACGGUGGAGAAGGGCCAGCCUCUGUGUGUGCUCAGUGCCAUGAAGAUGGAGAUGGUGGUCAACUCUCCCCUCUCCGGCACCGUGGUCAAGAUUUACGUCAAAGCCGACAGCAGCCUGGAGGGAGACGACCUCAUCCUGGAGAUCACAGAGUAG